UUAUAAUACAAAACAGGACAGUAUGAUGUUAAAAAUAUUGACCUUAUUUUUAUUCAUUGCACUAAUUCAAAGUAAAACUUUGGAAGAAGAAAACAAUUCUCAUCAUAAAAAUGAACCAUCGAGAGAAACUCUACCGCUAGUUGUUACGUCGCAAAAAGAAAAUGAGAAAUUUGAUAAAAGUCAAUUAGAUGCUUCAAUGUCUGGUGUGGAAGCAUGGCAACAAGAAGUGAUUGAAAUGGCUAACAUGGAAAUCAAAAGCUUGGAAAAACUCGGAAACUCUAGUUUAAAAGUAGACCAGCAGCUGAUCAUGAAACUAAUAGAUAACACCGAAAAACUGCUAAAUGCUGUGUUAAAAGUAGUUCGUGCCAUUUUUGCUAUUGUCAAAGAUCUAAAGCCUUAACAGUUAUUAUAACAGAACUAAAUAUGGCCAACUACUAAGUAAUCGUGCACCAAAUUUAUAAAAAAUCAAUUAAAUUUUGCAAUCAUUGCCAACUUAA